GACUUACAGGAAUGGACAGUGUAAGAUCAAAUCUACCAAAAACAAAUUUUCCAGCCAAUCACGAUUGUUGGUAUAUAAUAUUUAGGAAGAAAAACUCCGCGGAAUUUUAGAAGUCGUUUCGUCUGCUAGCAAGAGAUGAAGAUGAGUGGCCUGAAGACUCCCGAUUAUUCUCAUCUACAUUCAGAAGACUUUCAGGAUGUAUAUGAGCCUGCAGAAGACACUUUCCUUCUCCUUGAUGCCUUGGAAAAAGAUGCCGAAUUCAUUCAAAGAAAAAGGCCAUGUGUUUGUGUGGAAGUUGGCUCGGGCUCAGGAGUUGUGAUUACAUUUCUUGCUCAGCUAUUGAACAACUUCAGCAUGUGCUUGGCUGUAGAUAGAAAUCCCAAAGCAGCCACAAGUACAAAACGCACAGCAGCUCAGAAUGGUGUGGCAGUGGAGGUCGUGAACUCUGACCUUUUGAGUGCCCUCCAGCCUCACCUUCAUGGUAAUGUGGAUGUGUUGGUGUUCAAUCCUCCGUAUGUUGUAACUCCACCGGAAGAGGUCAGUCGGGUUGGAAGUUCCAGCAUAGCCUCAUCAUGGGCAGGAGGUACGAAUGGAAGGGAAGUGCUGGACAGACUACUACCUCAUGUUGGCCAGUUGCUUUCAGCUGAGGGUGUCUUCUAUUUACUUGUCAUCAAGGAAAACAAGCCAGAUGAUAUCAGACAAAUCUUGGCCGAGCAGAAGUUGUCCUGUGAAGUCUUAAUAGAAAGGCGGGCAGGACCUGAACAUUUGUCGGUGCUGAAGUUUCAUCAUGAUCCACCAAGCUGACCUGAUUCUUCCAGCAAAGCUAUGUCUUUCUUUCAUCAGUCAAGAUUUAGCUGGAACAAAAAUAGUGCAAUAUAAAUUUUCUUGUUUAAACUAAAUUUGCUCACACUGAAUUGGUAACAUAAUGAAUCGUCCAACUGAUGACAAGACAAAGUGGCUCAGUUAGAUUGACUCAGGAUGCAAGUUACUAUCCCAAACUUGGCCUCUUCUUGUGACAAGUAGUUUGCCAUUAUCCUGCCAUUUACAUGCACUACGACCAUAUUGCUGAGGAUGAUUCAAAUGGGUGCAGUCACACAAGAAUGGAAAGCGACCUCUCGAUAACACAUCUCCUCAGAUCUGAUUUCAAGUGCAAUCACUACUGAUUGCAAGAGAGCAGCUUGAACAUGUAGAACCCUCAUCAAAGACCUUCUUCUAAAGCUUGAUUGCACAUGAAUUAAGAACUUUCACAUAAACAGGUGCAUGAUGUACAUGUAUAUCGGCAAAAGUAUAGAGGUUAGAGAGUCGGAACAAUAUGGUUACAUGCACCAGGCAACUAUCCUCAAUACCACAAGGAAAUUUCGGACAAACUGAACGGAGCCCAAUGAUGGGUACUGAUCCGUGUCAGGAACCCUGUGUGCAGAUCUUCCUUGAUGACCUGAUGCUUAUACAGUGUUCCAGAAUUAAGAGUCCCCAAUGAGUGAGGGUGUCACUUUGGAGUUCAACUUGUAAGAGGGUGGUUCCAUCCAGUAUGGAGAUGCUUGCUGUGAUAGUGAUAGUAAUGAUUGAUGAUGAAGGUCAAAACGAUGAUGAAGAUGAAGCUUAACACUGAAGGACUUAUAAAGGUACUGUUUCAAAUCUGGUUUCAAUAGAACACCAUUGUUCUUCCAGGUCAACAUUUUGACACAGGAUUAAUCUUUUCAACUGCAGUUAUUUUUUUCUUAUUUUGUCCAUACCUGCUUACUAAUAUGCAUGGUUCCACAUCAUCUGUUUUGUUUUAUGGGUUCAAGUUACCCUUGACCUUUUUAAGUUCACUUGCAUCAUUUUUGUUCUGCAUGCUUUAAUACAAACACCACCCAUUUAUUGAGCUACAUGUACAAUAUUACCUUGUUUUGAUUGUUUAAACUGCUCAAUGAGUUAACUGCGUUUAUUAUUCUCUCAUUUGGUUUAAAUUUUAUGCAUUGCUCUCUAACAAAGUGUUUUUGUUUUUUUUGUCAAAGAACGACAAAAGCUGGUUUAUCUAUUUACUUUAACAGCGCCCUCUAUUGAUAACUGUAGAAAAUCAAAAGUGGACUUUCCUAUUGAUUUGUGAUACUGAUAGCGAUUGGUCCAAAAUUGUUGAGCUUGUAUUUAUGAAGUUUGCAAUGUUCAUCCAAUUUGCUUCGGAACAAAAUAAGGUAACAUUAUUUUUUGGGACGGUUGGGGAUCUCUAAAAGUACAUGUACAUCUUUCCAUAUCUAUUAAAAUAAUGAAUAUAAUUUUGAAUUUUAAGAGAAUAAGACACUGCUGUAUGUAGGGUGCUCUUAACUUGAAAGGUAAAAUCAAGCAUUAUGUAGCUCAUUUUCAGUUAAUUCAUGAUGCAUGUGUUUAAUUUGACAUUAAAGAAAGCACUACAUUGUAAUUUUUGGCAGUUUUA